AUGGCUCCUCUCCCGUCCGUCCUAGCCCGACGUCGUACGAACGUCCUCGGCAGCGGAUCCGGCGUCGCCGUUGAUACCUUACGCUGGUGCGCUGCAAUGAAUUGA